CGCCUCUCCGCAAGCCAAGCGCCGGCUGCACCCCAAAGGACCUCUGAGUAUUUGCAUAUAAACCCGUGCGACUGACUUGCCAUGCCGAUGCUUAACGCUGGGCUUUUUCUCCCCCUUCUCUCUAGCAAAACCGUACAAUCGAAAGUGGACUGCAUUUUGCAAGAAGUUGAGAAGUUUACAGAUCUACAGAAACUCUACCUCUACCUUCAACUGCCUUCUGGACCCAGCAAUGGAGAAAAAAGUGACCAGCUGUCGGUGUCGUCCAGCCGGGCCCAACAGGUGCAUGCCUUCUCCUGGAUCCGGAACACCUUGGAGGAGCACCCCGAGACCUCCCUCCCCAAACAGGAGGUCUACGAUGAGUACAAGAGCUAUUGCGACAAUCUUGGCUACCACCCCUUAAGUGCCGCCGAUUUUGGGAAGAUAAUGAAAAACGUCUUCCCCAACAUGAAGGCCCGGCGCCUGGGCACUCGGGGCAAAUCCAAGUAUUGCUACAGCGGACUCCGGAAGAAAGCCUUUGUGCAGAUGCCGACGCUUCCCAAUCUGGACUUCCAUAAAAUAGGAGAUGGGCUGGACGGGGCGGAGGCGUCUGGGCAGCUGCAGAGUGCAGACGAGGAGGUGGUGUCGGCAGCCUGCCAGCUGGUCUGCGAAUGGGCCCAGAAGGUACUCAGCCAGCCCUUUGACACCGUCCUGGACCUCUCCCGCUUCCUGGUCAAGAGCCACUACAUCGGCACCAAGUCCAUGGCCGCCUUGACCGUCAUGGCGGGGGCCCCAGCAGGACUCAAAGGGAUCCCUCCGGCAGCAUCCGCCUUCAUCCCGACGGCGGAGAGCCAUCUCUUCCAGCCGCAGGUGAAGACCCUUCCUUCCCCCAUUGACGCCAAGCAGCAGCUCCAGCGCAAGAUCCAGAAGAAGCAGCAGGAGCAGAAGCUGCAGUCACCUUUGCCGGGGGAGUCUCCGGGGGCCAAGAGGGCCGAGGGGCCCGGGCCCGCCAGCAACGGGGUGCCCGCCCUCUCCAACGGCAGUCCGGCCAUCCUCUCUCCACAGCCCAUCGGGAUCGUGGUGGCCGCCGUCCCCAGCCCCAUCACGGUGCCCAGGACCCGGCAGCUGGUGACCUCCCCCAGCCCCGUGGGCUCCUCGGAGGGCAAGGUGCUCCCGCUCAACGUCCAGGUGGUCACUCAGCACAUGCAGUCGGUCAAGCAGUCGCCCAAGACCCCGCAGAAUGUGCCCGCCAGCCCCGUGGGCGACCGCUCGGCCCGCCACCGCUACCCGCAGAUCCUGCCCAAGCCGGCCGGCUCCGGGCCCCUCACCAUCCGCUCCCCGACCACCGUGCUCUUCACGAGCAGCCCCAUCAAGACCACCGUGGUCCCCGCCCAACAUAUGAAUGUCGUCAAGAUGACUGCCAUCUCCCUCGCCCCCAGCAGCACCGGCGGCGCAACGGUCAAGCAUUCGGCCACAGGAAUGACUUCGGGAGCUGCAGCGGCCGCCUCCGCUGAAGAGCCGAGGCCCGUCCUGCAGAUCAAGAACGGGUCUGUGGUCUCCCUUCAGUCUCCGGGCUCCAGGGCCGGUGGUGGAAGCGCAACCCCCGCUGCCUCUUCGGUAGAAGUCAAGAUGGAGCCGGAAGGGGCCUUGGAGGAGAGCCAGGAGACCGCGGGCGCUGCCAAAGCCGUCAAAGCUGCCCUGAACGUGGCUGCCGUUGACCAGCAGAGGAGAGAGGAAGGCGGGCCCUGGAAAAGCCAGGCUGAGGAGGGUCUCGGAGAAGGCAAAGGCCUCCAGGGCUACGACGUGGGAGCAGAGGAUUCCGGGAGGAGCGGCCUCCCACUGCCCAGCGGCCUGCCCUCCGUUCAAAAAACACUCCCCUCCCUGCAAGUGACCCUGAACGUGUCCGGCGCUGGAGGCAGUGACAAACUCUUUGCAAAAAGCCCCAGGAAGAGACUGCCCUCGGUCUUUGCCGAAGCCCAGGGCCCUCCGGUCAAGAAGCUCUCGGUAGGGCAGGCCCCUGCUGAUGCUGCGGCUCCAGCUGCUGUGAGUGCAGAGGCCUCCAAGAAAGCCCCGGCGCGGGUGGUGGCUCUGGCCAAGAGGGAGGUCCCAGCGACGCUGCUUCAGGUGCCCGGCAAGGUCAUGAUCAAGGUCCACUCGGCCUCCGCCAGCAACCUGGUGACCUGCCCGCUGGACGCCGACAUCCUCAUCAGCACCAGCGAUGCCGCUCUCGGGCAGCAGCUCUCCACUUCCUCUCCGGACGUCAAGGUCAAGCUGGAAGGGAACGUCUUUGUCCUGGAGAACGCCUCCAAGCCGGAUGGGGGAUUUGCCCCCGAAGUGUGGCAGCACCUGGCCAAGGCCUCCACUUUUGCCGCCGUUAACCACCAACAGCCCCAGAUGCAGCAGCGGCAGCAGCCGCCGCCCCAGCCCCUGCCUUUGCUGCCGCUGCCGCCGCCUGAGGACGAGGAAGAGGAUGAGGAGAUCAGCGUCAUGACCCUGGCGGGGCACUCCGUCUCCGACGACUUGCCCAAGUCCGUCUGGGAGCCCGUGCACUUCGAAGGACUGCAGCCGCAGCAGCUGCCGGCACAACAGUCUCAGCUGCAGCUGCAGCAGGCGGAGGAGGAGGCGACGGUGGCCAUGUACGGGCAGUCGCUGCAGGGCCAGGGUCACGAUGCCGCCUCGCUCGAGCACCUCCAGGCUCAAGCCGCCGGUCAGUUGUCCCUGCAGCCGCCGCCGGAGCUGAAGGAGUUUGAGGACGCCGCCUCCCAGUCCAAUGAGAACUACUUCUCCUUCGAUGACGACCUGACGCAGGACAGCAUCGUGGAGGAGCUGGUGCUGAUGGAGGAGCAGAUGUCCAUGGGGGGCUCCCACCUGUACGGCACCUCCUUGGGCAUGGCUCUGCAAAGCCAGGGGGUGGCGGGGGUGGCACAGGCGGUGUCCCUGCCCUCCCACGUGGCGGGCAGCGCUCACUUCUACCACCCCAUCCACAGCAGCAGCACCCCGGCACACACCCCGACCCCCACGCCCACCCCGACCCCCACCCCGACGUCGGAGCUCAUAACUGGCUCGCAAGGCAUCUCACGGGAGAGCCCCUGCUCCCGGAUGGCCCCCACCACCCCCGUGGACAGCGCCCUCGGCAGCAGCCGGCACACGCCCAUCGGCACGCCGCACUCCAACUGCAGCAGCAGCGUGCCCCCGAGCCCCGUAGAGUGCCGCAACCCCUUCGCCUUCACGCCCAUCAGCGCCAGCGUGGCCUACCAUGACGCCAGCGUGGUCUCCAGCAGCCCCGUCAAGCCCAUGCAGCGGCCCAUGGCGACCCACCCGGACAAGACCCGCCUGGAGUGGAUGAACACCGGCUACGGAGGGGGAGCCGUCUCCGGCCACGGCAUCCUGCCCAGCUACCAGGAGCUGGUGGAGGACCGCUUCCGGAAGCCCCACGCCUUUGCCGUUCCCGGCCAGGCCUACCAGUCCCAGGCCCGGCACCACGAUGGCCAUUUGGGCCGCCUGACCCCCGUGUCCCCCGUCAAUAAGCAAGAGGGCUUUGCCGUCCCCGCUCCCCUCGACGGCAAGGGUUCCGGCUCCUCCUCCUCCUCCUCCUCCCAUGGCAGCAACUUCCGCUGCCGCAGCGUCAGCCCCGCUGUGCACCGCCAGCGCAACCUGAGCGGCAACACGGCCUGCCCGGUCACGGGGCUCUUGCGCUCGGGACUGACGUCCACCACGCACUUCGGGAGCCCCGUCCCCCCUGAGGCACUGCAUGGCAGCCCCUUCGCCAGCCCCGCAGGAGACGCCGGCAGCAGUAGCGCGGCUGCCAAGACCCUGGCCCAGCGCAGCCAGUCGGUCCCGCUGACGGUCAUGAUGCAGACGGCCCUCCUGCCGCCGCCUCCACAGAAACCGCAGCCCAGCGCCAAGAAGAUCACCAACGUCCUGCUGAGCAAGCUGGACCCGGACAGCGAUGACGCCGUGCGGGGCCUGGGCAUCAACAACCUGCCCUCCAACUACACAGCUCGCAUGAACCUGACGCAGAUCUUGGAGACGUCGGCCAGCUUCCCCGGCGGUCAGGGCAUGCUCAACCCCAGCCCGGCCGUGUUUGACUUCCAGUCGCCCAGUUACCUCAGCAAAGACGAUGGCGGCCCCGAUCCUCUGACGUUCUCCUCUGGGGAGCCCCAAGCACAGUCUGCGCCCGGCGGCGAAGCCCAGAUUGACUUUAGCAGCACCGUGAAGGAGCUGCUGGAGGAGGACAGCCUCCAGCCCAGCCAGGAGCUGGUCAACCAAGUGGCUUCGGACCUCGGGGGCGUGGGCGGCGUGUCCUCCGUCUUCUCCAGCGACAUCCGCUUGACCUCCGACCUCUCUGGCAGCAUCAACGACCUGAACGCGCUGGACGCCAACCUGCUCUUUGACCCGGGGCCCCACCAGCAGGGCCAGGACGACGAAGCCACACUGGAGGAGCUGAAGAACGACCCGCUUUUCCAGCAGAUCUGCAACGAGUCCAUCGGCUCCAUGACGUCGGCCGGGUUCGAGUGGAUGGAGAGCAAGGACCACCCGGCUGUGGAGAUGCUGGGCUGACCCAGGAGAGCCCCGCGCAGGCGGGAGAGAGGGAGAUAUACAAAACAUGUAUGUAGCACACUGUAUCUCAAAGGCAGGCGUAUUGUAUUUGUCUUAAUGGAAGUGCCUCCUGCAGCAGAAAACACUGACUAUGACUCCAUUGUGGCAUUUGGGGGGGAAAGGAAAAAGAAAAACACAACAUUGCUCUACCAGCUGCUUCGUUCUUCAGCAGGGAAUCGAGACGAUCCUUACCGUUCCUGAAGGAGGCAGCUUGAUCCAGAGCCAGUAUUAGGUUUUAAGAAUUGUACUUACGGAAGAAGAGCGUUUCUUUUUGUAGCAAAAA